AUGAUAAGAGGAAACACUAACUCCCCUUUAAAUUGAAGCAAAGAAUCUGUUCCAAUAUAAAGAGAAUUAAUAUUUUUCUAAUUUUUUAUGACCCCUAACUGCUUAAAUAGCAUUCUAAUUAAAUUUUCUCUUUAAAUUGGAUCACAGCUAUUUGCUUAAAAUUAAAUCUCUUCUAUAAAAUUUUCAAUUUGCAUUUAAAGGGAGUUUAACCUAAAAGCUGGCAAUUUCGCAUAUAAAUAUUGUUCUAUUUCAAAGGAGCGAAGUAAGCUGGCUUCAAUUAAAACGCUUUUAAAAAGCUUAAAGAAGCCAAAAUCAGAAAGAGAAAAUUCAGCUACUGAAACAGCAGCUGCGAUUCAAGCGUCAAAACUAUGUAAUCAUGGAAGAUCGCAAUCAGUUGAGAAAAUACUUUUUAGAAGAAGAGCUCCAAGUGCUGAAUAUUUUGAGAAGGAUUCAACAAGUCGAUGCCAUAUCCAAAGUAAAACUCAAACUAACUUCAAGAUGUUUAAUAUACCUUUACAGCAUUUAUUAAAAAGCACUAGCGAUCUAAAACCAAGCAUUGAAAUUGCAGUUGCAUUUAAUAAGGUUCUUAAGGUAGCUAAUGAAGAAAACCCUGAAAAUUCUGUUGAAAAGAUAAGGCUGAUUUUAAAACUUCUUGACCUUAUCGCAACUGAGGAUAAACAUUAUACAAAAGAAAUGAAACUCAUAACAGAAGAAUUAAAUAAAGCUAUUUUUGCUAAUAAAAGAGAUAUAAAGUCUGAUAUACUAGAAGAAUCUUUAGAUAAGCAUUGAGACGCUCUGAAAGAUUUAACGGAAGAAAUACCUUAUUUUUAUAUCUAUGACAUCGCUGUGAAAUUAAACAAAGAAAAAGAAAAAACUGCAAAACAAUAUAAGUAUAGAGAAAAAGCAAUGAAAGAAGAAUUUGAAAGAAAAUGCAAAGAAAAGGAUGAGACUAUUCUGACAUUGAAAUCUGAAAUUGACAUUUUUAGAAUGAAACUUGAAAAAUUGGAAUAUGAAGCAAAAGGAUAUGUGAAUGAAAGAAUUAGUUUGGAAAACCAAUUAAGCAAAAAUUUCAAAAAAAUUAUGGAUUUAAAUGCUGUAAUAGAGAGGCAAGAAGAUAUUAUUCAUGAUGAUGAAAAAAUUAAAAUUGAAUUGCAAGCUAAGCUGAAAAAAAUUCAAGGAGCUGCUGAAGAAAUGGAAUUGAAAUUAAAGUCUGUUACCCAACAAAAUGAAGAAUACAGAAGUCAGUAUAAUAACUUACUCCCCCCCCCCUCCGUGAGUGAACAAACCAUUAGAAAAAUCCCUAUUUUUUGCCAAAAAACCACCCUCCGUGAGUGAACAAAAAUUUUUUUAAUAGAAAAUUUUUUAUGGAAAAAAAUUUUGAUAUAUAAAUGAUAAUUAGUAUAAUGAAAUAUAGAGCUAAUUCUAUUUAAUUUUAAACGAAUUGCAUUUUAAAACAUAAAUUUUGCAAAUUGAAUUAAUAUUUGCUUUCAAAUUUUUGCGAAUUAGGAUUUUUUAAAUUUCGAAAAAAAAAAUUUUUAUAAAAUUUAUAUAUAAAAAUUGUUUAAAAAAAAAAUUAACCCCCCUCCGUGAGUGAACAAAAUUUUUUUGUUUCACUCAAGAAGGGGGGGGGAGUUAGCAGAUUCCUUUAAAACUCUACUUGCAAAAUUAAAAUUUGCAUAUAAGGAAAAUCAAGAUUUUGAAGCAAUUAUUUCUAAUCUGGAAAUACAGAAUUCGGAGUUGUCUAUUCGUGCUGCUGCAGGUUUUGAAGACUUAACUCCUAGACCUAAUUUGACUCCAGCUUUUGAAAGCCUUGAAGUCGAAAUACCUAGCGGAACCACACAGGAUAAAGCUCAAGCGCUCUGUAUUUUUAUUAAGAAAAAUAAAGAGAAAAAGUAUGAAUCUUCAAAGAAAAAAGGCAGAUCUACUCCUAAUGUCAAGCAUAAAUAUAGAUUGAGUGUAUUAUCUUCUGUGAAUGAAGAGGAUAUAAAAAAAUCAGUAUUAAAUUCAUCUCGCAUGAGCAGCAGUAAUUCUUAA